AUGCGAUUAAAUAACACGGCGCCUGUGCCAGAUGCGCCCUUUAUACUCCCGUCCGACCCUGCUGCCGCCGACGCUCGCCAGCGCGACACCCUCGCAGCCCCCCAGUGCGCUGCCUCGCGGCCCGUACGACUCGAGCGCUGCCCUGCUCGCCACACGCUCUUGCCGUGGCCUGCUGGGACACCCCUAACGCAUAGCAAACAUCCUCAUCUCCCCCCCGACCAGCCAUCUCGAACCCCCUUUCGCCGCGCCCCGGCGAUAUUGGCUCUGCCUCGACCGCGCCCGUCUCUUCACGCCUCGCCAGCCAGCCGGACUUCUUUCACCCUCGCGCGAGCCGAGUUGUGCCACCGGACCGAUCCAAACAUGCGUGAAGUCAACUUCAGCAUCCCCAAUGCCAACAAGGCGUCGGUCGGCAUCACCACCGCCCUCUACGACCGCCGCGCCCUCGACUGCACGUCCACGCUCCCGCUCAUCAACUCGCUCAACCACCUCGCAUACCUCACAACCUCCUCCGCGCGCAUACGGGACAUUCUGACCGUCGAUGGCGGCAUCGAGCGCCUGAUAUGCAUUCUCAAGGAGGGCAGGAGCAAGGAUAUGAUGGACAUGUGGAAGUGGAACCUCGCCUUUCAGUGCAUUUUCAACAUUGGCGUGCGUGGUUCCGAGAACGUCAGGACGCGGGUGGUCGAGGCCGACAUGGUGCCUGUCAUCGCGACCAUACUGGACAACUACAUCAAGGUGGUCGACAAGUGUCGGGAGAGGGCCGAAGCAGAACUGCGGAGAAAUGCACGGCUUGGCACAUCGAGCCGCCAUCACUCUUCGCGCUCCGGCGAGAUGGCGUCCAGCUCAGGACACAGGGCUGAACGCACACGACGCGCAGUGCCGCCUCCCAUCGAGAUCCCCCAAACCUUCGUCCAGGCGCCGCUGGAGUCGCAGGCAGGGGACACGACUCCUACCCCCGCUUUCGCCAUGAGCUCUCCGCCUGAGCGCACCUCCUUCCCACGCGGCCGCCCUUCCCACCACCAUCACCACCGCAGCCAUGAGAGCAGAGGCCAAUUGUUCGGAGCCGUUGGCACUAAUACACGCAACAUCGGCCAGCCGCUAGCCACUGCACUACCGGCAAUGGAGCCAACCGACACCUUUGCAUUGAGGCCCGUGCGAGAUGCAGAUCGGCUUCCCUCCAUGCUUCCCGCCUUGCAGGGGGAGAUCACCUCCCAACCCGAGUCUCCCACUACCCCGAGUGCUCCACAAGCGCGGCAGAGCAGCCCACGGGCAGCGAUUGGCCGACCACGACGUCGACCCUCCAUCCGACACCAGCUAUCCAUGUCGGGCGAAUCCGACCUUGAUGCGCAGCAAGACGACAUGUCUGCGGAAGCACCCACAACGGCUGGACCCGCUGUGAAUGAGCCGAUCGUGGGCAUUCAGAACAACGAUAUUAAUAUGUCAGACAUCGUCGAUAAUGCAGAGAUGCUCGACGCCGGAGCGUCUCCCGUACCCAUAACAGCGCCCUCGGAGACGACUGACGAGAGCCACGAGACGUUCAACAUUACGCACCGCCCCGCUUUGGACGGGAGCUUAAUCAACCCUGCUAAUCCCCAGACUGCUGGCCCCAUCGGUGGCUUCUCUCCCGUUCAGCCAGCCAUGAAUGUCGUUAAUGCCAACCCUCCUCCCCCGUGGUAUCCUCGCUACAACCAGGAUCGCAAUGCUACCGCUGGUGUUCUCGCCGCCAUGCCCCGAGACGAGGACGUCCUCAUGUCGCUUCAGCUGCUUGCAUACGUCUCCAAAUACUGCAAUCUACGAUCCUACUUCCAGAAAUCGCAUCUCGUACCGAAGCUGAAGAUUGGUAACGAUCUGCAGCUGCUAGAUGGAGAAGCCGCCAGCCCAACACCAAUGGCGGAGGAUGAGGAGGAGCUUGAGGAGUACGAGCUACCGGACGAUUUCAACAUUUUCCCUCUCGUCGAGAAGUUCACGGUACGGCAUCACACUUCCGACAUGCAGUACUGGGCAAGCGUCGUCAUGCGGAACUUGUGCCGGAAAGACGACUCUCGAGGAGGUAUCCGACAGUGCGCGUACUAUCAGUGCGGGAAAUGGGAAGAGUACACGCGACAGUUCGCCAAGUGCCGCCGCUGUCGACGCACAAAGUACUGCAGUAAAGAGUGCCAGAAAAGCGCUUGGGUAUAUCAUCGGCACUGGUGCGUGGCAGCAAACUAG